AUGGUCAGCGCUAUCAACUCUCACGAAGAAUUCGUCAACCUCGUACGUCCCUCUCUCCCCUCUUGCACACUCGGCGCUCAUUCUUCCCACAAGACCAACGGCUCUGACGCCGUCGUCAUCGACUUCUGGGCGACUUGGUGUGGCCCCUGCAGAGUCAUCUCUCCAAUCUUCGAGUCGCUCGAGGCCCGAGGUCAUCAUCCCGGCGUCAAGUUCCACAAGGUCGACGUCGACGAGCAGCCUGAAAUUGCCGAAGAUGUCGGGAUCCGUGCCAUGCCCACCUUCAUCGCUUUCAAGGACGGCCAGAAGGUGGAUGAGCUUGUCGGUGCCGACCCCGAGCGUCUGAGUGUCAGUUCAGUUUCCGCUCUGCUCUGA